GCUGCGACCAGAGGAGGGCGCCACUACAGCCACCACCGGCUGACGGAGCCGAUACCGUCAGGGGUGUACGAGUGCGGUCCGUGGUGUGGCUGCGUCCGGGCGCGCUGUCAGAACCGGCUGGUCCAGAGGGGUAUCACAGUCCGCCUGCAGGUCUGUCAGACCGAUGGGCGUGGCUGGGGUGUCCGUUGCCGUGACGAUCUGGACCGCGGCACGUUCGUGUGCAUGUACGCAGGUGUGGUCCUGCAGAAGGUCCAGAAUCCCACUGAGGCUCUGCCCCCGAAGCUGACGAGGGCGGACCUCCCGUCAGACGAUGAGGUAGAGGUCGUCACCGAGUGGCUGGCCCCGCCCGUACUGGAGAGCCGCAACAGCCUGCUGGAGCCCCCCAAGUCCCCGCCCACCUCGCCGCCACUGCACGUACCCGUCAUCCAGAGGCCUGUAGACACCGCCGCUGCUGCGGCGCCUCAGGACAGAGACAAGACGGUGCUGGUCGGCGCUCCGCCGCCUCCAACUCGUGCCGCCGUCCCGUUAGGUGACAGCUCGCCUCACAACUCGACAUCCUGCCGUGCGGUGGUGGCGGCGGUCCACAGCGUGAAUGGCAGCGAGACGAAGAAGAGUUUAAAGAGAACGCUGAAGGUGGACGACGUUUACGUCCUGGACGCCAGUAAGGAGGGAAACGUCAGCCGCUUCAUCAACCACAGCUGCCGUCCGAACCUGUUCGUCCAGAACGUCUUCACCGACUGCCACGACCCCGCCUUCCCCGCCAUCGCCUUCUUCACCAGCAGGGCGGUGAAGGAU